ACAUCGUGCUGUUAGACCCUCCUGUCUAGCUGUGUGGGAUGGGCAUGGGGACAACCUUCUGAAACUGUUUACAGGACAAUUUUUAUCAAACAAACAUUUGAGACUUGUUUGCACCUGGCCAUACGCCACUGAGAGCACCACUAGAGAGCAUCGUUGCAGCCAGAAAUCUUGUUAACAUCGUCAUUACUCACGGCAAUGAGGUCCACUUUACCGUUCCUGGACCCUGACCUUGCUCAGUAUCAAGGCCGUGACCUGCACGCCAGUUCCGGUCAUGCCGCAGUACUCGGUGGAAAUCUUGGUGGUAGUGGACAACCUGGCUUACAGACAGUGGCUGGAGGUCCAGUCUGGCAGCAACCAGCAGGACAAGCGACACAAAGCAGCCGAGGCUGUCAGAGGUUACAUCCGGUCAUCUUUCGCAGCCGCCAACCUAAUCCUGCAUGGGUUGACCGAGCAUGGACUUCGUCUGGACGCCAGGAUCCUGGACGUGGUUGUCAUCCAAGGCGAUGAAGCGAUCACCCGUCGCGUGAACAAUAGAACCCUGACGGCCAACGAUCACCACGUGGCGAGAGACUUCUGGCACUGGCUCGUCCGCAACGGUUACGAGUUUGACCACGCCCUGCUGGUCACCGGCUACGAUCUGCUGAGCGGCGGCGACUCCAAGACGGAGGGCUACGCCUACAUGGGCACCAUGUGUGCGCACGACUCCCUGUCCAUCGUGGAAAACACCAUGAACGGAAUCUUCGCGGUUGUCUUCGCUCACGAGCUUGGUCACUCGCUGGGAGCUUACCACGACGGCGAUAGCAACGACUGCAACGCCACUUCCGGUUUCAUCAUGAACGACAACGAUAUUGGCCUUUCAACCAGGCGCUGGAGCUAUUCAUCUUGCUCCGCAGAAAGCAUUCUAGGAAAGAUUCGACAGCUGUCGCGAACAGUCGACUGCAUUUCAGCGGACAGCACUAACUCAGCUGAAGUGGAGGCGCCAUAUCUCGGCCAGCGGUACAGCGCUGAUGCCAUUUGUCAGAUGACCUACGGGAGCACGUCGUACGUGUGUCGUCACCUCUACGGUGUGGGUCGCCAGGAGACUAUCUGCCACAUCAUGUGGUGCUACGUCAACGCCACGUACUGCUCAGGUAUUGCCAGCGUUGAUGGCGUUGUGUGCGGAGCUGGGAAGCGCUGCAUUGCUGGGAGUUGCGUCCCUUUUGAUGACGUGCCGGCGGAAGUGACAGACACGUGUUACCUUGGCGACAUGCCUCAUCCCGUCUGGAGAGGUCAGACGUGUAGCGAGGUGAUUGGCCGGUCUAAGCACAGCUGCCUGGAUAGCUGGUAUCAAAGGUUUUGUUGCCGCAGCUGUCAGAGAGCGCAUACCGGAAAUGACGCAUGUCCCUAUGGUGACGCCUACAGCACGUGCUCCCCUCGUCACUGUGGCACGGAAUGGGACGCCGACUGUUGCAGUUCUUGCCCUCGAGCGUAGGCAGGCUUUGUAUUUCAGUCAACUGGAACUGAGCUUGUAAGUGGUCCACACGGCUGAACUUUUUAUGACCAUGCAGUGAAAGACACUCAAAAUAUGGAGUCCUCGAUGUUUGGAGACACGUGAUUGACAAUCAAUUUUCAUACAGCUCUCUUAUUAGGUUACCAUUGGCGACAGAGGUUUAACAAUGUACACUCGUGAUGUCAUAGCUUUGUCGUAUUUUGACAUUUGUGAAGCCUUGUAUUUAGAGAACAGAAUGGGGUUAUUCAGUCAUAUUUUAAGAAUUAGUAAUUAAGCCUAAUGAGUUGAAAAUGUAGACUGCUAGACCUUUAAAUAAGUAGAUUGUGGAAUGAUAGGUGUAAGGCCGUAUGCAUCCCGGGUACGUCUAUAUUAUUAGCUCAUUCGCUAGGUUCACGCCUGUUUGGAGGUUAGAGUUCGAUCCUUAUCGAAUCCUGAUGUAGCCAUACUUCUGCUUCAUGACUGCAGUCUUGCAUGUUCCUUUCAAUCUCGACUAAACGUUAAAGACCUACUUUACGUUGUUUUGAAGGGGAAUAACAACUCAAAGAAAAAUAAACUACAAAUAGAUAAAA